AAAAAAAUGCAGUCCUUCAACACAUCACUCUCAACGCCCGACUUUUUCUUGGAAGGUUUCUCUGGAUUAGAAGUUUACUAUCACUGGGUUUCCCUUGCCUUCAUUAUUAUAUUUUCUUUCGCCAUUAUAGGAAAUAUUACAAUAAUAUAUGUCAUUAAGCUUGAGGAAAAUCUCCACACGCCGAUGUACAUUUUCCUUUGUGUUUUGGCUAUAAUUGACAUCGGCUUAUGUGUUUCCACAAUUCCGAAGAUUCUACAGAUAGUUUUGUUUAAUGUCCACACUAUCUCCUUUCAUGCAUGCUUUUUCCAAAUGUUCAUCGUUCUGUGUCUGAGUGCGAUGGAAUCCGGUGUACUGGCUGCGAUGGCUUAUGACCGUUAUGUUGCCAUCUGCAAUCCUUUACGUUACACCUCCAUCCUUACGCCGGCCUCUAUUGCUAAAAUCCUACUUGUGGUUUUUCUUCGAUGUAUAAUUUUAACUGCAAUGUUCCCUGUCCUGGCGUCAAGGUUGCCUUACUGCUCGAAUGUUGUCCAUCAGUGCUACUGUGAUCACAUUCCUGUUGCGAGACUGUCCUGUGCUGAUAUCACACUAAAUAAUAUUUACGGGCUUUUCGUUGCCUUCAUGGUAGUGGGUAUGGACCUUGUGUAUAUUUCAUUUACUUAUUUUAUGAUUAUUAGAGCUGUAUUAAAACUGGCAUCCAAAGCAGCGCGUGUCAAGGCUUUCAGUACUUGUGGCCCUCAUUUUAUUGUUAUUUUGUAUAUUUACAUAAGCUCUCUGUCUACAUAUUUAAUUAACAGGUUUGGACAAAAUCAGUCUCAGCAAGUAACUGUCAUAUCAACUAUUUUCUAUCUUAUUAUGCCGUCGGUGUUAAACCCAUUUGUUUAUGCGAUACGAGCUAAGGAGAUUCGUGAAGGAUUCAUGAAACGCUUUCUUAGGAAAACGAUCUGCCGAAAAUAAUAGUAAUUAUUUAAAAUUAUAGACACUCAUGGAUGAUUAUAAUACUGUUAUAAAGAAAAACGGAAAAGUAUGAAACAUAACGGAUUCUUCAGGAGCUGAAUACUCGAAACUUUAAUAACCAUAUUAAAUUUCAAAAUUCCAUUCGUUUGCUUAACGUUUAUGGAAAUUAUGAAGAUGAGGUAAGCCGAAUGUCAUAGUGUACAGCAGUGCUUUCCUCUGUUUUAAUCCAUUCGUUAGUAAAUCCGCUUUGAUAGAAUUCAAUGAGGCAGGGUCGGUGUCAAUGCCGCGACGGCACACGGCCAUAGCAGAGCAUACUGGUGGAGCGCAGCUUCUCUAUGGGAUGCUCAGUGACUGAGAUGUACUGUUUAUCGGCCAAAGAAGCAAAUUUGCAGUAAGAUACUUUGCAUUAAGACUUUUACAAAUAUCUUGUUUUGGGUUGUCAUGCAAAGGUGUAGCGAAACGUUUGUAAUAGUUUCUGAAUCAAAAAACGAAGUAUCAGUAGUAAUAUCCGUACAAUGCCGUGCUGUAAUGUUUUCACUUAUGUGCGUAUCAGAGCGCAGGACAUGAACCUUGGAUUGAGACUCCAAACAGCUACAGUAUUACAGAAAACAAGAUCAAGGGACAAUUGCUAUAGGGCUAAGCCGACAACACGCCACUAUACAGUAGAUAUCGGACUAAAAUGGACACAAAGGAGUAUGGCAUUUGCUAUGAAAAAAACAAGCACGUGCUAAUAUGGUUUACGUUGAAUUUGCUUACUGACAGGGCUGCUGUUGCCUUGUGUGACGGACUUGUAAGAUUUUUAUUAAUAGCUUCGCAUUAGCAAAGUGCAUUGAUCUUGAUCUCUUUUUUGCCGUACAGAUGUGGAGUGCGAGCUGCUCAAGAUGUUUCUUAAUCUGGUGAAUGCGAGGAUAUAAAAAGUUCUAUAAAAUGACAUCUUUUGGAGGCUUUUGUAAAAAGAUUGCGUAUCUAUGAAGCAAUCUGUAAACUUCAAGAACAUAGAUUUAUUUUGCUUAUUGGAAAUGUGAUUUAAGUUUCGUUUAUUUAUGUUAUUUAUUUAUUUUAUUUUUUGUAAAUGUUUUGAGUAGUGUGGUUAUCAUUCUUACCGUUGUUAUCGUUUAAAUUGAAACGUCUGUACCAAAUGAAAGAAA